AUGUACGGCAAACUGGAUUGUCAAGAUUCACCCAAUCACGAAGACUGCACUGCUACUCGCCGACUUCAUGGCGCUGUACAAGGAUUGGAUGCAAAGGGCAACCUCAAGGCGGUUUGGGGCAUGCCGGGCGCCGAAUGGCGAUUGAAAGAUGAGCACAUGGUGCGCACGGAUGAAAGGGGGCGCUUCUACGGGACCAAGAUGCAGCAUCAAGCUGGAACGGUGUACUUUGACCCCGUGCAAGACGGCGUGGUGAUCGGAGGCUUUGACGUCGAGCGCAAGCUCCGCAAAUUCAAGGGCGUCUACGACAUUGACGCGAAUCCCGUUCAUCGCUAUGGUCCCGAGGCGCGGCCCAACAUCAAAGAUGCGCAGCGCACCUUUCGAUCGAUUCAGGACCGCAGGGAAGCGGAGAUGUCGUCCGCGCCGUCUUCGGCCACAUCCACACCGCACUGGCGCAAGCAUGGUGCUGCUGCUGAGAGCAAGCUUCGCACGUCGAAAAGAUGGCGUGCAUGA